ACUGGAAAUCUCUCAAAAUGAGCGCUGAAAACGCUGAAAAAGUUGAGGAAAUCACUGAAAAGACCAAGGAGACGAGAGAAUUGAUUCUUCGAAAUCUUCAGGAAUCACUUGGCGUUGAUAAGCUCACGAAACAGCUUGAAACCCCGGGAAAAGUGCCACACGUCUAUUGGGGAACUGCAACAACCGGAAAACCUCAUGUCGGAUAUCUGGUUCCAAUGCGGAAAAUUGCGGAUUUCCUCCAGGCCGGCCUAAAAGUCACAAUUCUAUUCGCUGAUCUACACGCUUAUCUGGAUAAUAUGAAGAGUUCAUGGGAAUUGUUGAAAUGCCGAGUGAUCUACUAUGAAAAUGUAAUUAAAGCAUUACUUCAAUCAUUGGAUGUUCCAAUUGAACAGUUGUAUUUCAAAAAAGGAACCGAAUAUCAACUAUCACGAGAAUAUACUGAUGAUGUGCUCCGUUUAAGUGCUCAAGUCUCCCAGAGAGAUGCUCUAAAAGCUGGAGCUGAAGUUGUGAAACAAGUGGAAUCUCCGUUGCUCUCCGGGCUUCUCUACCCACUUUUACAAGCUCUUGAUGAACAAUAUUUGAAGGUUGAUGGACAAUUUGGAGGAGUUGAUCAGCGGAAGAUCUUUAUUCUUGCUGAGGAGCAGCUGCCAAAGUUGAAGCUCGGCAAGCGGUGGCAUUUGAUGAACCCGAUGGUUCCGGGCCUAACCGGAACAAAAAUGAGCAGUUCUGAAGAGGAUUCAAAGAUUGAUGUGCUCGAUGAGCCCGAGAAGGUCCGUUCAAAGAUUAUGGGAGCCGCAUGUUCACGGGAUCAACCAGAUAAUGGAGUUCUAUCAUUCUACAAUUUUGUGCUUUUUCCAAUUGUAUCGCCAAACGCUAUUGAAAUUGAAAAUCAACAAUUUUUCGAUAUUGAUAGCCUGAAAAGGGCUUAUUUGGAUGGAAAAUUGGAUGAAAAUACGUUGAAGACAUUUUUAGCCGACUUUUUGGUCAAUUUACUGGAAAAAGUUCGAGUUAGAUGUGAUACUGAUGUUGUUAGAGAUGCCAAGGAGAAAGGCUACAAUCACUCCACGGACUCCACUGAGCCAGCCAUCCCACCAUCGGAAGCUCCAAAAAUUCCAUCGCUGAGCUCCGAACAAAAGCAAUGGAAAGAUCAAUUGCUGAAUGGAAAUGAGAUUCUUAUCGGUGAAGAGCUUGAUCGUGUGCUUGCCGAUGUUUCACCCCAAAAACCGCUUCAUUUGAUGUUCAUUGCACCUGGAAAAGGACGUUUUCACUUGGGAUUCAUUGCUCCAUUGCUCAAAAUCAAAGAAAUCUCCGAUGCAGGUGGUGUUCCAGUCAUUGCAACAAUUCUUGUUUCACCACUUGAAGCAUUCCUGGAUAAUGAGAAGGUUGCGUGGGCGGCUAUUCAAUCGAGAGCAGUCUAUUUUAGAGAAAUGUUCAUUUCUUUGAUUAAACAUUUGAAGCUGGAUGGUCUCGUGAAGGUUGAGAUUGCUGGAGAACAUGACAAGUAUCUCGAUAGAGAAUACGUGCUGGAUUUCUACAAAAUGGCAUCAGCAGUGUCCCGUGACGAAUCAACAGUCUGCGAUGGAAAUUCAUUAUCGGGAAAUCUGGUACCACUGAUCUACGCAUUAAAUGCUCAAAUGACACGUCCAGAUAUUCUCAUAAUUGGAGCAGAUUCUCAAGUAUUCGCAGAUCUCUGUUCCCGACUUCUUCGUUCCUUCGGUUACCCAGCUAUUGCUCAUUUGUUGAUUCCAACAAUUCCAGGAUGUAAUGGCCAAAAAAUGAGUUGCUCCAUUCCUGACUUCCUUCUUGAUCCCCUUGACACUCCGAAACAGCUCAAAACGAAAAUCGCUCGAAGCUUCUGUGAACCUCAGAAUCUCGAUGGAAACGUCGCUAUGCAGCUCGCCGAGCACAUUGUCUUCCCGAUUCUCAAUGGAGCAGCUUUGCACAUCCAACGUGCUCCGGAUAAUGGUGGUGACGUGGAGGUCACAAACUACAAACAGUUGGAGCAGGAAUUUGUGAUUGGAACGAAGAAUGAGCAGCAGUUUCCACUUCAUCCGGCUGAUUUGAAGAACGCGGUGGUUGGGGUUAUUAAUCGCCUAUUCGACGGAGUUCGAGCCGAUUUCGCCGAAAAGCCACGCCAGAAGCUCGUGACAGAUGCCUUUUCCACUUCGAAAGGAAAGAAGAAAUAAAGAUAUAUAUAUAUAUUUAUGAUAAUUAUUCAAUAUUCGGUCGUUUGUUUGUUUGUUUUUUCAAUUUUCUGCUUUCUAUUUAAAUCUUAAAUUAUCGGUGGUUUUUCUUAAGUUUUCCUUUUUUUUUUCGUUUCAACUGUUGUUAAAUAUUAAUUCUAUU